AUGGCCAACUGUCCCAGGGUCCAUGGGAUCGGUGUUGUCAAAGGCCACCGGAAUGACGUUGCAACCGGUUCUGAGAACCAGGUCUGGGACAAAGGUGUUAUGGGACUUCGAGGGGUGCAAGUGACGGUUGAGGAAUGUCGUAACGCCGAGAGCAAGUGCAUCUACCUGGACGACUACAAUCAGGACGAGGUUGUCAAGGACAACGAUUAUCUCAAGAUAGGCUACAUCUUCUACAAGUCUGAGAGCAAUGGAAUGGGCGCUGGCGGAUUUACUCAGCGCGGAAGCCGCAACCAUGAUGGCAUCUACUACCACAACAGCGAAGAGAAAGGU